AUUAACGCCGUUUAAUAAUAAUAUUUUAGGCGGCGUUCCACACAAUGACUGACACACCGAAGACGCCAAGCACUCCUGGCAGCCGGGCCAUGGAAGUUGCCAAAGUGCAGGACCGUGAACUAGCGCAAUUUAAGAUGCCUUUGCCUAGCAGUACGGACGGACGUAAGCAUAAGCCAAAGAUCCUAACGGAGGAGCGCUACAUCGAGGAGAUGUCCAAGAUCAUACAGCGUGACUUUUUCCCCGAUCUGGAACGGCUGCGUGCACAGAACGACUACCUCGAUGCAGAGUCGCGUCGUGACUUCCUGCAAAUGGCUGAAAUACGGGCGCGUUAUAGCUUGGGUCGUGGCUCCGGCGCAAAUAGCAAACGCAACAGUCGCAACAAUGCAAUGUCGCCAGCAACAUUUGAGACGCCGUUAAGCACAGCUAACGCAGGUGCAACUCCGCUUCCAAACACUCCGAACUCCACCACCAGCAGCCAGAAGAGCAGUGUUAGUCAGAGCACGGCCGAAGGUGGUUGCCAGGAUGCCAUUUCGCGUAAAAUGUCGCUGGACAGCUUUCUGCACAACUACACCAGCGAGGAUAAUCAGAGCUUUCAGGAAAUCAUCGAAACAGCUGAGAGGAAACUGCGACAGAAGUACGCAGUUCUUUACAAUCAUGAGCAGCUGUCCACGGAUCAGCUACAGCGAGCCCUGCUGCUGCCCGGCAUUGAGGAGCAGUUCGAUACACCCGAUCCAUUGCGCAAAAUCGAGACCUGGAAGUACACCAACAAGAACUCUGUCAUGUAUGUGCCGGAUGGCGUCGAAAUGUCCGAACAAGAAAAUGUGAAGCACCAGGAUCGCAAACCAACUAUACGACACGAUGCCACAAGACUGCCGACAACGAUCCAGGUGGAAGCAGAAACGAACCCUCCGGAUGCCAAUGCCAAUCAAAAUCCAACUAGCGAGGAGUCAAGCACAAACACGCCCAGAAUUCGAGGCUUUGAUCUGUUGCGCUCGCCGUCGCCGCGACCCGGCAAAGCCUUCUCGCCAAUCAUGACCUGGGGCGAGAUCGAUGGCACGCCCUUUCGUCUGGACGGCGGGGAUACACCGCUACGCCACAUGCCCGGACCCUCGUUUCACAUCAAUGAGAACUCACGUCGGGAGAACAUUGCCAUUGCGCUGGCCGAGAAGGUUAGCGAAAAGAUGCGCAACCAGAAGCAACAGGCUCUCAACACAGCACGUCGUAACAUCGGCUCGCCGUUUGUGCGGUCCAGCAUGGAGCGCUUGGCGAGCAUGUCACCAGCCGCCCGACGCUUGGCCACAGGCAAACUGGGACUACGCAGCACUCACACUCCACUGCUGACGCCUUCGCCCGUGACGCGCAAGCGCAAGGCUCCGAGUGUGGUUCGAACGAUGCCAUCGACGGUCAAUAGCAAACAGACUCCGGCCAAGAGCACGCCCACCGGUGCUGUCACGCCCAUCGACACGGGCUCCACUCUGACAGACGAUCUACUCAAAAUUCCAGCGAAAAGACGCAGCGCUGCAGCCGACUUCUUUUGAAUUGCUUCAAGUUUGUUUC